UUCAUUUCUUAGCAACUUUGAUCAUUUGCAUCUAUAGAUGUCAAAAACGCGGUAAAAUUAUUAAAUAUAAUAUUUACAAAAUGAGUAAAAAAAUAAAAGAACAAGACACUUUAUUAGCGAUUGUUGAAAACCAGUGUAUAAAUAGUACUAAUAAAUAUAUAUCAAAAUGUCAAGAUCUUAAUUUUUUAUUUGAACAAAAUGACCAUAGUAUCAAUAAAGUUUAUGAAGUAGAGGUUCCGAAAAUAUGUAAAGAUGAAUUUUGUAUGCUUGGAGUUGAUGAAGCUGGACGAGGACCUGUUCUUGGUCCUAUGGUAUAUGGUAUUGCUUACAUUCCUAUAUCUAAGAAACAAAUUCUUGUUGACAUUGGAUGUGCUGACUCAAAAUCUUUGUCCGAAGAUGAAAGAGAUACGAUUUUUGAUAAAAUUUGCAAUAAACACCAAGAUAUGGGAUGGUCUAUCGAAGCAAUAUCACCAAAUUUUAUAUCGAAUAGUAUGUACAAAAGAUGCAAAUCAUCGUUAAAUGAAGUAUCCAUGAAUGCAGCAAUUGGUUUAAUUAAAAAAGCCCUUGAAGCUGGAGUAAAUGUUACAGAGAUUUACGUGGAUACUGUAGGUAAAUCCGAUAAAUAUGAACUCAAAUUAAAAGCUAUUUUUCCGCAAAUAAAGAAAAUAGUGGUUGCUAAAAAAGCUGAUUCUACAUAUCCUAUUGUAAGUGCUGCUAGUAUUUGUGCUAAAGUAUCGAGAGACCAUGCCCUGCGAGCUUGGAAAUUUCGUGAAACUCAAUUCAAAGGAGAAUAUGGUAGUGGAUAUCCAAUGGAUCCUAUAACUAAACAAUGGUUGACUGAUAAUAUUGAUCCGAUAUUUGGAUUCCCUCAAAUUGUACGAUUUAGUUGGUCUACAGCUGAAAAGAUUCUUGAAACAGAAGCUGAAAAAAUUUCUUGGGAAAAUCCUGAAAUAGAAACAAUGCCAAAAAGACAAAAAAUUUCAAAUUUUUUCGCAACAAUUUCUUCUGAAGGUAUUGUGAAAAAAAAGAAACAUGAAUUUUUUGAAAAAAGAUGUAUGACUAAUACUAUUUCAUUUUGAAAAAAUUUUAUAAUCAAUUAUCUGGAUUGUAAUUUGGAGAUUUAUGUUUAAAUACUUAUCUAAUAAAUGAUUUUUUAACCAUUUAUCGACAAAACUCAUGAUUUUAUGUAAAAAUUUCUUAUUUAUUCUUAACAUCUGCAGGAUAUUGUUAUUAACAAAGUAUACCUUGCAUUAAAAAGCACCAUUAAUAGUUGAUGAAAUGAUUUCAAAUCGUAAAAAUAUUUAUCGGUUAUUAAUUAUAUACAGAUAAAUUACUCAUUUAUAUGUUAUAUACCAUUU